AUGGCGUCAACGAGCGAAGAAGAGCGACUGAAAGCAGAGAUUGCAAAGCUUUCGGGUGCUAUCCAGACACACAAGGAGCAUCAACACCAACAACCACAUCGACCACCCUACAACGCAAGCUUCGCACCACGAGGUCGCGGCUACUACUCCGGCGCAGGAACAUCUUCGUAUAGAGGAGCAUAUAACGGUGCUAGGGGUGGCUACCAUGCAUCUGCAUCUGCACCAGCUGGCAGAGGUAGAGGUCGAGGUACGACUAUCAUUCCUCCACGAAACCGCACUUUAGUCCUCAACGAUCUGAAAGCAAAAGCAGUGAGUGACGCUGCCAGCGGGUCAGCAACAUCAGGAGACGCUGCUGGCGAUGCUUCGAAGACAGACGGGACAAACACAUCAACCUCGGCCCCUACAGAUGGCUGGGUCAAACGCAAGACAACCCACAACAUGAGCCUGGUCAGCGCUUCCACCUUCCAACGCACCGAACCUGCUCGACUUGCCGCCCUCGAAGCAACACGGAAAGCAAAAGCGGAAGCCAAAAUCACAUCUUCCUCCUCGACACACGGCAAGAAAGCAGCUCAUGGUAAACCCACCAAACCCUCCUCCUCCGUCCGUCGAGGUGACAACAUGGGGGAAGUCGUCAUUGAUGGUGUCGUUUUCGAGUUUGACCCUUCUGGAACUAAGCUAGUCAAGAAAGCCCAACAGCCAUCUUCCUCCUCCGAUAUCGCACACGGCAGCACACCAUCCACAAGCACCACCUCCAAUCCUUCUUCGUCCGCCGUAGUACCGCUUAAAACGAGCAUCAACGGCCAAGACUACAUCCGCACCAAACGCGGCAAUCUCAUCUCCGCCGACCUCCUCGCCAAACGUCGCGCACAACGAGAAGCUCAAGCCAAGAUGGGUCGACUCGAUAGAAUGGUCGGUCAAAUAUCCGCCAUUCAAGCCACCCGCAAUUCUUCCUCCCGCACCAAACCCUCUCGUACACUCGAUGCAAAGAAAGCCCGCACACUAUGCACGUUCUUCAAUAAGACCGGGCAGUGCAAACGCGGUCUUUCCUGUCCGUACUUGCACGACUCAAGCAAGAUUGCUCUCUGUCCGAAAGUGUUGCAUCCCUCGGGGUGUACGUUGCUGAAGGGGACAUGUCCGUUAUCACACACGCCGAGGGCGGAGAGAGUGCCGCAUUGUGUGCAUUACUUGCGGGCGGGAAAGUGUAGGAAUGGAAAACAGUGUUUCUAUACGCAUUCGGAUAAGUUGAAGGAUGGGACGGGGACGAAGAUUUGUAGGAAUUUCAGUGAUUAUGGUUGGUGUGAGAGGGGAAAGGAUUGUGAGGAGAGACAUACAUAUGAGUGUCCAGAUUUUGUGGAGAAGGGCAAGUGUGAGAGGAAGGGGUGUAAGUUGGUUCAUGUUAUCAGGGCUAGCGCUAGCCGUGAGGAAACGGGAGAUGGGAAGGACGAGGACAGACAAGGGGCGGGGCAGCAAGGCAACGCAGAUCUAUUCAUGCGUGAUGACGCUGCGGCAGCUGAGGAGUCCGAGAAUGAACAAGAGCAGAGGGCAGCAGGGAAGCGGAAGCGACCUCUGAUGCAGAGUGAACUGGAUGACGAUCAGCAGGUCUUACCUGACGACGCAGACGCUGGCGACGAGGAGGACGACCAAGAUGGGCAGGUCAACUUUGCUGAUACGGGCGACAGUCGCAAAACAAAGAGAAGGAAGGCGAAGGCAUUUACUCAGCAGAAGGACUUUAUCUCUUUCGAUGACGAGGAGGAAGAGGAGGACGAGCAAGAUGGUGAGAGCGAAGAGGAAGAGGCCUUAGACGAUGAUGCGGAAAAUGACGAUGAGCAGCUUGAAGUUGGAAGUGUUCACAGUGAAGAUUUUGAACUGAGCGAUGUGGAAGGCGAACACGAAGAGGAAGCGCACGCCUUAGAGUAUGAUGAGUCGGAGGACGAGGAUCAGGAAGAGGAAGACCAAGGAGAGGAGGAAGCUACGGCAACAAACGCGCAUCGGUAUCAAGACGCUGAUGAAGACGACGACGAUGACCUCGUGGAUCGGGACCUCUGA